CGCGUUUUCCUCCCUACUCGCUCCGCCACGCUCCAGGAUUGCUGAGUUUUUUCCUCCCAACUCGCUCCACCACGCUGGUGUUGUUAUUGUUCCCACAACUCUUGGAAGAACAUCGUCUCUUUCUUGCGAUCAUCCGACUUUCUCCAGGGGUGCGUGUCUUGGUUUCGCAUUGGGAGUGAAAUGGCGUCUGAGAAAAACACAUCGGCAAGCGCUGGCCCYGGGGAGGGAGAAUAUUUGCCGCAAUCUACUCYUCCGUAUUUUCAUACGAGGGAAGCACCAUGGUUUCUGGACUUCGUUGUCGACCGGGAGCUUGUCGGGCCAGCUGUUUUCAUAUGGGGCCCUACGGGAGCAACCGAUGUUUAUCCUCUCGGUACCGUGACCGGGUGCCGCAAACAGUCUGGAGGCUUGCUGAAGCUGCAGACUAACAUAUUAUACGACCACUGCAAACUGCCUUUCAGAGGUGUUAAGGGUGUGAUAGUGUCGGUCAAGACUUUCGCCGGGUACGGCUCCAACAUGCUGUUGUGCCGUCACUUCAAAGGGCUUUACGAUGCGAAAAAUAGGCCUCUUCUGCCUCCACUGGAUUAUCUCGAUCUAUCGCUGAAGGUGCCAAAAAAGCGUCCUAUUCUUCCUCGAGAUUACGUUUUCCGGCUUCUGACAGCCCACGAGGGGCCUUCCAGCUCAGCUCGAGAAACCCAUGUGACGAAAGUGGGGCACGGGAGUGCCAUUCUCGGCACUGAGGGUCAAGCCAUGGGUCCAGCGGGUGAGAGCCAGACGCCGGUCGGCCCGACUGCUCAUGGGAGCACGUCUGGCUUGACUUCUCCACAUGCAGGGACUCAGCGGGUCGCGACACCGAAAAUCCUCACGUUUGUCUGCCAGGGUGACACUUUUUCGCUUCGCGGACAAUCCGGCAGCUCAGAGCAGGAGCUUGGAGGGAUUGGGGUUGGAGGGAUGGCCGCUGUGCGYGACAGCUCUGGCGGGGAGUCGUCUACUUCGGAGCAGAAUCGCGAGCGACAGCAGAGGGUGCGAGAAGAGGUGGYGGAACAAACCAGACAUAUGAAGAGGUUGAAAGGAUCAUCGGAGUCCUCGACUGGCGGGGAUGAAGGUGGCGUCGUGGGACAUGGCAGCGGAAAAAAGACGCYAUGGAUGCGUGGAGGACAAGAAGAUGUCAGGAAGAGGCAGUCGAAACAAGAAACUGCGACUACGCACAAAAAAACGAAAACGGUCGACGGAUUGACGAUCGGCGAGCGGCAAGUUGAGGAUGAAAGAGAUUCGGCUCGUGGAGGCGUUCCCCGGAACGACGACGGUGAUGUCGUUGAGAAGGAGAACCCGAUUCAACUAGUCAUCGACCCCAGGAGGGUCUGCGACAUCCCGACGUGGGAGGGAGAUUAUAAUCACCGCAGUCUCACUCGCGAUAAUGUCGAUGACAUCAAAAACGCGAUGCUGAGGCAGUUCCGCAAGGAGAAGGGAAAAAUAUGGACGAAAAACCCUUUGGUUCUGACACCCAUUUACAAGCCAGUGACGCAGCGCCCGGACACAGCUCGGAGGGUUUACAAGGAUGACUUCAUGCCUCAGGACAAGGACAAGUACUACUAUUACCUUGUCAACGGACAACACACCGUGGCUCCUGUGAAAGAAUUGGAGGGUGACCCCAUAUUCGAAUUGUGGAAGAUGCACUCGUGGCCAGCGAGAGUYGUGUGGUUGUCCGACGAUGACUUUGGGGGGUAUUUGAAGGUCAGUCUGGAGGAGAACACGAGACACAAAAUGUUUAAGCAGCGAUCACAAAAGGCCGCUUUCGAGGACAUGCGGGAGGCCUGGGAGAAGAAAGGCAGACCGCUGGCUAUUCAAGGGAACCCUUCCGGUAUGGAGUUCUACGGCAAAUGGGCUGAAGCAAAGUUGUUGGGCGGCGACGGGAAGACGCCGUUGUCGAUGCCUGACAAAUCUCCGGGUCUUCAAGCGAUUCCGGAGAUGGGUACGAAAGGGGCUGCUGGUGAGACGAAGAUGGGAUGGCUGGUCCGGGUCCCGCCGCCUCCGACCAAAAAGAAAACGCAAUUGGACGACAAGUUCUUCGUCGUCGUGAAAGAGCCAGAUAUGUUCUGUUGGCUGUGUCUCGCUGACAUGACCGAUGAGGAGAAACUUUCGAUCCUUGAGGACAUUCUCGCGCUCAAAGGAGUUUUCGUCCAAUCGGCGGGCGAGCAUCUGAGACGACAGCAUAAGCCUGGCAUUAAGGACAUGGUAGCGACGAGGAAAGUUGAUCGAGUGAUGCUCCGCAUGUUUCGUUGCAUAUUGUUCCUCGAAUUAGAGGAGGACGCGGAGGUCUGGCGCAAUGGAACCCCGUUUUUUCGGAACCAGGGGGAGCUUCUGGCGGAGUUUGCGCCACGGGGGCUCACGAGACAGGUGUGGGUCGAGCUGAGGAAGCAUUUCCUGGGCGCGAUGGAGAACGUGAACACGUGCAAACGGUGUCUUCCGUACGAGAAGGAGUCCCUGGAAGAGACGAAGAAAAUGUACGACGAUGACAGUGGUCGGAACGUCGUUGAGGUGGAGGACGAUGCGAAGAUGAUCGAUUACCUUCACGAGUUCGUCAAGACACUCGCGCGGGACCCUCGUUGCCAUUGCUCUUUCGUCCAGAACACCGGAGAGAGGAACUGGGAUCCCAAAYGUGAUAUGUACUGGAAAUUGCCGGAUAACAAAACGACGGAGGUUUGGGAGUUCCUUUUCGAACUCGGAYCGCCUGCCCAGACAGACCUUGAAUACAAUCGACGGAGGAACCUUGUGUUCGGUGUGCUGAAUGGUUACCACGGUGCACCCAGGGAGUCUGUGUCAAAUUUUCUGAAAAGGCUAGAGCACGUUUUCUUCGUGAUGGGUGAACCACUGACCCUCGAGAACUACAAGGCGCAGUUUGACGAGGAGGACCCUUUCGACACUGAAGACAUGGAGGAGAUGAGCGACUCMGAAACCUUCGGUUUCGAGUCCAUGYCGCUUCCUCGAGUGGUGGCACGGGGUGAAGAUGAAGGCGAAGGCGGUCGUCUGAGAUACACCGCGUCCCCUCGAGGUUUGACGCRUAUGUUUGAACGCGAGCCAGUCGACGACGGGGAAGAAGACAAAGGCUACGAUUACGAGUACUGUGACAAGCUCCCGAGGGACCAUGACACCUGGGAGAACGACAGGCUUUUCUUCUACGGGAAACACCACCGGUUCACAGCGGAGGAUGUCUGGGGCCACAACGUCGUUUGGCACCCAAGGAUAUUUCAACCUGCUGUCAGGACUGGAAAGUGGGUCAUGGCAACGAAGGAACCCGACGACACGYGGAGCGGUCUCAGCCAACUGGGCGCGGGCGCGUUUAAGAGAAAGGCCAGAGAAGCUCUGGUGGAGCAAUUGAGAGUAAUGAAUCCGGAAAGAAGCCCUGAGGACGUCGCAUCGUACGCAGCCGAAAAACUCGACAACCUGUACAUGAACAAAAUGUUGGAGUUUAGAGCGCCUUUCUAUGCAAUCGACACGGCACCCUCUCGCAACAUUGAUUGGCGCAUGCCGCAGCCUCCGGGAGGCGGUGGACGAGGUGACGGAGGAGACGACCCAGAACCCGGUGGUGGCGGUGACAAAGGAGACGGCUCGGCACCCAGAGUUGAAACGAAGUCGGAACCAAAGGGAUUCGGUGGAAAACGGUCCGGCGGAAAACGGUCGGGCKAAAUGGGGUCGGGCGGAAACGGUUCGGGCGAAAACAGUUCGGGCGGGAAAGGGCCACGCAGAAAGCUUAGAGCGUACACUACACGCAAGUCUAGACAAACCGACAACCACUUCGAUGGGGGUCGGGACUCCGAGAUGCGAGACGAGACCGCCCUGUUUUAUCAAGUGCGAGUACAUUCGCACUUGUCUGCGAGGACUUUGUUUCCYGAAGACGAGGAGCGCAGCGAAGUCGGAAUUCAUUCGCAGUCCGUGAGGUCYGCCACCUGUGCGCCUUACGCUACAGUACUGCGGGGCAAAGACAUGGGGAGGUUUGGGUCCCCGACUCUUCAGUUGGACACAGUGCUUCCCUGCUCGCCGUCGUUCUCUCAUGCCUAGACUCGAGACUGGCCGUCUUCCAAAGUGUUGGAAGGCCCCGCUGCAGGAGCCUU